UAUUCGACUCCCACUACGUUCCGAUUCGGUGGCCUUCCUUUCUCUGUCUCUCCUCUCUUGGUAUUCCUUUCCUGGCGGCGACGACUGGGCGAGCGGCGGCGCCGUCUUCGCUUGCCGGCGACCUGCACCCACCAGGUUUGAGAUAACUUGAAGCAAAGGUUCAAAGCAAAAUGUUUUACGGGGGAUAUGCAUACCAUGGCAGUACGUUUGAGCAAACGUACCGUUGUUAUCCAGCAUCCUUCUUUGAUAAGCCACACCUUGAGGGUGGUGACAAAGUAAUAAUGCCACCAUCUGCCCUUGAUCGCCUGGCUUCCCUUCACAUCGAGUACCCAAUGCUAUUUGAGCUGCACAAUGAUGCAACUCAACGGAUUUCACACUGUGGUGUUUUGGAGUUUGUGGCAGAAGAAGGCAUGAUCAUCAUGCCCUACUGGAUGAUGCAAAACAUGCUUCUUCAAGAGGGUGACACUGUCCGUGUGAAAAAUGCCACGCUUCCCAAGGGUACAUAUGUGAAGUUGCAACCUCACACAACUGAUUUUCUGGACAUCUCAAAUCCAAAAGCCAUCCUGGAGAAAACUCUCAGAAAUUUCUCCUGCUUAACUACGGGAGAUAGCAUCAUGGUUGCUUACAACAACAAACAGUAUUAUAUUGACAUUGUUGAAACAAAGCCUGCUUCAGCUGUUAGCAUCAUUGAGACAGACUGUGAAGUGGACUUUGCACCUCCCCUUGACUAUAAAGAACCUGAGAAACCACAGCAGCCUACAAUUCCCACAAGCAAGGCUGCUGCUGAAGUUGGAGACACUGUAGUUGAAGAUGAACCCAAAUUCAAACCAUUUACUGGAUCCGGAAAGCGGUUGGAUGGUAGAGCCUCAAAACUACAGGCAUCUGAGGUUCCAUCCACUGCACAUUCUGUUCCUUUGGAUUCAAACAAAAGAGCAAAUCAGCAAACAUCAUCUGCGCCUGCAACUACUUCUGGAGCUAGCAAUUCCACUCGUCAGAAAACAGGAAAGCUUGUUUUUGGUUCAAGUGCAAGCAACAAUAAAGAACCACAAAAGGCUCCUGCUAAAGAGGAGGAACCCCCGAAGAAGGAUGAGCUGAAGUUCCAAGCUUUUAGUGGGAAGAGCUACUCCUUGAAACGUUAGCUGCCCAUUACUAGAUUUAGCCUUACAAAUCAUGUUCAGUGGCAGCUGUAGACAACUGUGUCUUAAGUAUCCACCAGCAUGUAGAUAUUAUUUGAAUUAUGUAAAUGUUUAUCUUCAUGGAAAUAUGGCCAUCUUUCUAUUUAAUUACAAAUAUUCUAAUAACGAUCUAAUGCGCGUUAUCCUUCGCACUCUGUA